GUCUGGUAGCAAAAGCAGUUAGAUAUUUUGAAUAUUACAACUUUACUUUCUCCAUAUAAAGUCCUUAGCCAACCAUUGUUCCAUUUCCAUAUCCAAAUCCAAAAAAACUUCAUCUAGUUUCUCCACAACAACAACAUUCCAAACACACAGAUAUUGAUUAUCGAAUCGAAGUAUUUUUAUUUAACUUACAACAAUAAAUGACAGUGAUGAAGAUUGGAUGGGAAUCACUUGUUCCUAGCUGUAUUAAAUCACAGGAAAAUUCGAAAAGAAAUCCAAAAAUAGUAAAGGUGUCGGUUACAAAACAACUAUCGUUCCAUGGGAUUCCUGUAUCGGAUAUUAGUUCAUCAACUAUAUCAUCAGAUCUUUCGAUCUCUCUUGCUGGUUCAAAUAUUCAUGCCUUUACGCAACAAGAACUUAGAGUGAUCACACAAAACUUCUCCACGAGUAAUUUCAUCGGUGAAGGAGGGUUCGGCCCAGUUCACAAAGGAUUCAUUGAUGAUAAACUUAGACCUAAUGCUAUUAAAGCUCAGCCUGUUGCUGUUAAGAACCUCGAUUUAGAUGGUACACAAGGUCAUCGAGAAUGGCUGACAGAAGUGAUAUUUCUUGGACAAUUGAGGCAUCCACAUCUAGUGAAGUUGAUAGGAUAUUGUUGUGAAGAAGAUAACAGAUUGCUAGUCUAUGAAUACAUGCCUAGAGGAAGCUUGGAGAAUCAACUCUUUAGAAGAUAUUCAGUAUCACUUCCAUGGUCAACGAGGAUGAAAAUAGCUAUUGGUGCUGCAAAAGGUCUUGCUUUUCUCCAUGAAGCUAAAAAACCUGUCAUUUAUCGUGAUUUCAAGGCAUCAAACAUUUUGUUAGACUCCGAUUACACUGCUAAACUCUCAGAUUUUGGACUUGCAAAAGAUGGUCCAGAAGGAGAUGACACACACGUCUCAACUCGAGUCAUGGGAACACAUGGCUAUGCUGCUCCUGAAUACAUCAUGACAGGUCAUUUGACUGCAGCUAGUGAUGUAUACAGCUUCGGAGUAGUACUCUUGGAGCUUCUAACUGGUAGAAGAUCUGUAGACAAAGGUCGUCCACAUAGAGAACAAAACUUGGUAGAUUGGGCAAGACCACAACUGAAAGAUCCUCGAAAACUACGAAGAAUAAUUGAUCCGAGGCUCGAAGGCAUGUACUCAGAAGAAGGAGUUCAAAAAGCAGCAUUAGUAGCUUAUCAAUGCCUAAGCCAUAGGCCAAAAGCUAGACCAGAUAUGAGUAAUGUGGUGACAACUUUAGAACCUUUAAAAGACUAUGAAGAUAACUCAAUGGUAACAUUUGUGUACACAGCUCCAACAGAUGAUCAACAGGAAGUGAAGGUCAAAGAAAGUAGUGCUAGUCCACAUCAUCAUCACCAAAAACAACAACACCAUCAUCAUCAUAAUAGAAGAAGUACUCCUUCAUCGCCAACCAUUCACUCAGAAACAACUAUACACAAGAGAUUAACUCCAAAUUCACCAUUGCAAAAUGGUUUCAAGAGAUCUUAGAUUAAAUUAAUUAAUUAUUAUCAAAUUGUAUAUCAUGAUAUAUACUUUAGAUAGAAAAUCGUAUAAUACGUACGUGCACAUCCACAUUAUUUAAUUUCAUAGUAUAUAAUUCAAAUUUGAGCUAAAGCUAAGCUCUUUUUAAUUAGAUUUCUUAUUUUAAUUUAGUUCUCUUGAAUGAAAGUUGUACUUGUUUAGCUUUUUUCUAUGGUGGUGUUUGAACCAGUUAGCAUUCUCAACUUUGUAUGGUAGAAAUGAAAGUUGUGUACUUACUA